AACGACCUUCGAUCACACUGCAAAUUUCCAUCUGAAAAACCCUCUCUAAAAAUGGAAGGUCUAGUGAAGGAUUUAGUUGAUUGGGGAUUAGGAGAUGAUGAUGGAGUAAAAAAGAAUGAUGAAGAUGGAAUCGAUGAACGAUCUCGAUCCAGUUCAUGGGCGCAGAUUGUGUCCGGGGAUCAGGAGAAUGAACAGAAUCACGGUAGAAAUAGUAAUCGGAGAAAUGAGGAACGGGUGGAUGGGAGGAAUCAGGAAUGGGGAUCCGGUGGAUCACAGCCUUCUAGGCGACCUCAAAAGGCUGUGAAUGAGGAGUAUGAAAGAUAUGAAGAUGGUAGGCAAGAUAAUUAUAAACAAAGCCACCCUGAUCAAGAGACCGGAGAAGAAAGUAAUGAUGGCUGGGAGACAGUUGGGAAGAAGCCUGCCAGAAGACACCAACAGGUUAAUAAGGGCAACUGGGACAACUUCAAGCGUCCUGCAAACGAGCAGGAGUAUUCUAAUGAGGUUUCGUAUGAUUCCCAAAUUGAACCCUCUCAAAAUGAACUUUCUGACCUUGGCCAAGCUUGCAACAAGCUCUGGGAUCUUGACCAUAACCGGUUAACACCUGGAAAAGACUACGAGAUCGACUGUGGUGAAGGAAAGAAGUCUUACCAAAAUCAAGAUAUGGCCGAAGGAUGUCUCUUUACUUAUCUAAAUGAUGAAGUUUUCAAGAAACCCACGAUUUCCCGAUUCUGUUCUCUUCUAGAUAACUACAACCCACAUGAAGGAUAUAAAGAGGAAGUCACAUCUCAAGAGAAACAAGAACAAGCUGCAUUCAUUGAAGAGAUUUGUAGAACUGCACCCAUCAAAUACCUCCAUAAGUAUCUAUGUUUAAAGGGUAUUGUAUCCGAAGAUCCUCAAGAAUUCAAAAGGAUGUUGACAAGUCUUUGGUUUGAUCUGUACGGCCGAGGUGGUACAUCGAGUUGUUCUUCGGCUUUUGAACAUGUUUUUGUUGGAGAAAUCAAGAGUCGCGGGGAUCAGUCGGUUUCAGGCUUUCAUAAUUGGCUUCAGUUUUAUAUGGAAGAAGCAAAGGGUAAUGUCGAUUAUCAAGGCUAUAUCUAUCCACGAAGGCGUGGGCAGACGCCCGACUCGGAGACACAGUUGCUGACUAUCCAGUUCGAAUGGAACGGUGUUUUGAAAUCAGUGUCGAGCACAUUGGUUGGAGUGAGCCCGGAAUUUGAGAUCGCUCUUUAUACGUUGUGCUUUUACAUGGGGAACGAAGAUAAUUAUGUUGAACUUGGUCCAUAUAACGUCAACAUCAAAUGCUAUCGUCUUGGCAACAAACUUGGGUCCGCUUUUCCGAUCGCGGAUUCUUGAAUUUCGUGCUUUUUUAUUCGUUAUCCUGAGAAACCAUGUAAUCUGAUAUUUAAAACAAUUGAUGUACGAUAACCUCAUAUGUUUUAUAUUUGUUAUCAUUUUGUGCACUAUAUAUUUUUCAAGUACGUGAAUGAUAUGUAC